GUGUGUUUCUACAGUGCAAUUUACAUUAUACUGGUGGCCCUACAAAACCACAGAAAAGAGCCCACAUAGCGACUCUGUACGGCAUAUGAACCGGUCGCGUAUAUCCACACUUCACAAGUUGCCUUCACAACGCCAUAUAACUUGUUCAAGUUUGUCUGAUCCAUUCAUAUUUCACAUAUUGAUCGUCAGUCUAUCAUGAGCAGUUCUGAACCGCAGAGCAAGAAAACCAAAAUGGUCUCGAGUCUUGAUCAACUGAAGCAAUUGACCACCAUUGUGGCAGAUACGGGUGAUUUCGAAGCCAUGAAGGUAUACAAACCGACGGAUGCCACAACGAACCCUUCCUUGAUUCUGUCGGCGGCCGGCAUGGAGCAGUAUCAGCACCUAAUGAACAAAGCUAUCAAGUAUGGUCUGAAGCAUGGAUCUACCGAAGAUGAACAGGUCGCCGAAGCAGCAGAUAUGCUGUUUGUACUAUUCGGAUGUGAAAUUCUCAAGCUAGUUCCAGGUCGCGUCUCGACCGAAAUCGAUGCUCGACUGUCUUUUGACAAGGAUGCAUCGGUGAAGAAAGCGCUGAAGUUGAUUCAACUGUACGAGGAGAACGGUAUCAAUCGGAAACGAGUGUUAAUUAAGCUGGCAUCGACCUGGGAGGGUAUACAAGCAGCUGCGGUGUUGGAGAAGGACUAUGGAAUUCAUUGUAAUCUUACGCUGUUGUUCUCAUUUGCUCAAGCUGUAGCCUGCGCAGAGGCUGGCGUUACACUUAUUUCUCCUUUUGUUGGUCGCAUUCUGGACUGGUACGUGACCAAUACAAAUAAUAAAACAUUUGACCCAGAACAGGAUCCAGGAGUCGUUUCUGUGACGAAAAUCUAUAAUUACUACAAAAAAUUUGGCUACAAAACAGUCGUCAUGGGAGCAUCUUUCCGAAAUACAGGAGAAAUUUGUGCUUUGGCUGGUUGCGAUUUGUUGACGAUUAGCCCGAAACUACUUGGGGAUUUAGAGAAGAGUGAUGAUAAGAUCAAACGUUAUCUCGACCCUUCGGCGGCCAAAGCUAGCAAUUUAGAAAAAAUUCAUAUGGACGAGGCAACAUUCCGUUGGUUGCUAAACGAAGAUCAAAUGUCCACUGAUAAGCUUUCCGACGGAAUACGAAAGUUUGCUGCUGAUGGACGAAAGCUGGAAACAAUGCUUCGAAGUCUAAUCCAACAGGCGGUUUAGUCUCCGAAAGUUUGACAUGUUUUUGAAAUUGUGCAACUAUCUUAUAAAAUUGUAUAUUUUUUUGUUUCUCAACUCAAUCGUUUUAAUAAAUUUGGCAUUUUUAUCUACAAA